UGGAGGCGAUAGACUCAGGUUGACCGCAAAAAUGGUCCAGUUUACAGCAGUGAGAUAGUUGUCUGUGUUUUGGGCCAUAGUUUGGUUUACACAAGGGUCGGAUUAACUUUUUGAGUGUUUCGAUAAGAGUACAGAGGAGCAAAAAAGAAGAAGACCAUCCAGCGAGUGAGUGUCGGACACUUUCAUCCACGUCCUGAGCUGACGUCCAGUCCAACAGACUCCUCAGUUGUCUGCUGACUCUGGCACAGAGUCCUCCACGAUGGCGUUGUCCUCGCCACACUCCUUCAGCCUGAAGUAUCUGUCUCUGGGGGUGCUGGUGUUGCAGACCACCUCGCUGGUGCUGACCAUGCGCUACUCCCGCACCCUGAAGGAAGACGGCCCCCGCUACCUGGCCUCCUCCGCCGUGGUGUCGGCCGAGCUGCUCAAGAUCCUCGUCUGCACCCUCCUCGUCUUCAAGGAGAACAAUUUCAGCGUGCGGCUGCUGAAGGAGGGGAUUGUGAACAAGCCUGUGGAGACCAUGAAGCUGGCCAUUCCUGCAGGGAUCUACACUCUGCAGAACAAUCUGCUCUAUGUUGCCUUAUCCCACCUGGACGCAGCCACCUAUCAGGUCACGUAUCAGCUGAAGAUCCUCACAACAGCUCUGUUUUCUGUCUCCAUGCUGGGGAGGAGGUUGGGCUUCUACCAGUGGCUCUCCCUGCUCUUCCUGAUGGCAGGAGUCACUCUAGUGCAGUGGCCCACAGAGUCUGAAGGUGACUCUGAGCAGCUGAUCCUGUCGGCGGGCUCCCAGUUUGUGGGACUGAUGGCUGUGCUGAUGGCCUGUGUGUCCAGUGGCUUCGCUGGAGUUUACUUUGAGAAAAUCCUCAAGGAGACUAAACAGAGUGUGUGGGUUCGUAACAUACAGCUGGGUUUAUUUAGCGUUGUGUUUGGCUUCGUAGGAAUGAUAGUGUAUGACGGCGAGACGGUGAGAGAGUUGGGCAUGUUUCAGGGCUACAACACCGUCACCUGCACGGUCGUGGCUUUGCAGGCUCUGGGCGGGUUGGUCAUAGCAGUGGUCAUUAAAUAUGCAGACAACAUCCUCAAAGGAUUUGCCACCUCUCUGUCCAUCAUCGUGUCCACACUUAUUUCAUAUUUCCUGUUGGAGGACUUUAACCCAACAGGUGUAUUUUUCCUCGGGGCAGUGCUGGUUAUUGCGGCCACAUUUCUCUACAGCAACGAACGCAAACCGGCCAUUGGCAGUGCCAUCAAAGUAUGAACAAGUGUGCUAUGACAGAAGUGACGACGACGGAGAUCCGAGUCGGACUCAAUGAAGGGCUGAAACCUGUUACUAUCAAACAAUUACAGCUGAAUGCUGCCCUUCCCUCCUGGCAAAAUGCUGCUAUUCACUAAAGAUGGGCGUCAAUAAUAUAUACUGGUCCUUUUGUAUAUUUAUUUUUUUAAAGGUUCUUCACUUGAAAUACUAACAGGAGUACAAUGGAGCUAACUUUCCAUUACAACAGAGAUCGUUGCAGUAAAACUCACAUACUGUAUGACAGAAGUAUCCCAUGGAAACGUAGCUUUCUCUAAAUACAAUUUACGGGGACCAGGAGGAGAUUAUGAUGAAAACAUGGCCGUGUGGAUAUUUGGAAGCCAUUAUUAUUUUAUAGUUCAAUAUACUGUAUGUGUAAUUAUGUGUGGUGGGAUUUGGGGAAAGGAGUGUAUUUACUUAACAAAAAAAGGCAGUCUAUUGAUGGUGCUGACAGCGCCUGCCUUAAAGAGAGGAAACUCCUCAACAGAGCUUCCAUCUAGUGGUGGGAUGAGGAGCAAACUGCAAAGAGGAGGGGUUACCUUUGGUCAGGGAUGCUGAAUGUCCUUUUUUAUAUGAGAUGAGAUGAGAUGGGGUAUGAUUGCUUUGACCUUGCUGCUCCCAGUCUGAGUAUUUAUACCAGAAGCACUCAUUCUGCUGUUAUUUAAAUGCAAAAAAGAUCUUUAUGUGAAAACAAAUGAAUAAA